ACCUCAUCUUCCUUCUCUUCUCUGUUAUUUCGCCUCUGCUUCAAAAAAAAGUUGCAGAAAAACCCUAGAAAUCGUGAAUUUUCGCACUUUUAGGGUUAAACUUUAGGUGUAGAUCACAAAACAGUUGAAGAUGACGCAGAAGGCGAAUAUGUUCAAAGGACAACAAAAGAAGAAGGUCAUUCCACCUAAUCGACAUGGCAAAAAUUCUCACAUUCGGAAAGGAAAACGAGCAAUUAAGCCGUCGAAGAACACUCAAGAUAUGGAUGAUAAUCGGGAGGUCAGCAAGUUCAUAAACUACUGCAACGAGGUAAAAGCAGCCACAGUAGCUUGCAAGGAUGGUGGACAUCUUAGCAUUGUUAAAUCUUCACAAGAAUCAUCAGGCGGUGCAAAAUCAUCAGGCGGUCCAAAGUAAUAGGUGAGCUAGCCUCAGUUUUGAAUUUUGAUGCAUGAAACAAAAUCUUGAGGAUGGAAGAUCAUACAUGUACAUGAAGUUUUGGAAGAAAGAUCUUGCUACUUGUGCGUAGGAGCACAUGUUACAUCAUAGACUUAAAAUUAACUUGUAUGCUACCUUCUCAAAGUGUUGCUAUCGUAAGUGUGAAAGUUUAAGGGCUGGUAAAUUUUGUUAAUUAUUUGGUUGUAAUUUACUCUGAUCAUGAUCUAUAAACUAAAGUUUCCUCCAUUAGCAUA